AUGCGGCGCCGUAUCGAUGCAGGCAUGGCGUCCUUCUUCGACGCCGAGUUGUCGUCCAGCCUCAUGCAACGGCAUUCUCAUAAGGCCAGACACGAUCGCCACAUGCAGUCAACACUACUGAGGGGGCAGGAACGUCAAGAAGGAGAGCUGCCGCCGCCCUCGCCGUGCUUUGACGCCUACGUCGUUUUGGACUUUGAGGCGACGUGCGAGCGAGGUAGACGUCUGGUGGAGCCGGAGAUUAUUGAGUUUCCCAUGGUGCUGAUUGACGCCCGCAGCCGUUGCAUUCAGGCAGAGUUUCAACGCUACGUGAAGCCUCUUGUCCAUCCGGUCUUGUCGGAGUUUUGUACCGAACUCACCGGCAUCACGCAGUCCGUGGUCGACGGGGCAGAGACAUUCCCCUCCGUGUGGGAGGCGGCUCUUGAAUUCCUGCGCGGUGGUGGGUACGGUGAGGCGCCGCCGCAGCGUAGUUUCCUCUUUGUUACGUGCGGUGACUGGGACUUGAAGACGAUGCUGCCGAGCCAGCUGCAGACGGCGGCAAAGGCGGGCGUGACACUCGUAGCUCCGUCCUCGUUUAGACGAUGGUGUAACCUUAAGGAAUUCAUGCAAGGCAGUGGUCUCGCAACAGCGUGCGGCAUACGUGACUUGCCAGACAUGUUGGCUGCAGUGAACUGCCCUUUGGUCGGCCGACAUCACAGUGGUAUUGACGAUUGCAGGAACAUUGCGUCUGUCCUGCAGGAACUUCUGAGAUGGGGGUACGCAGUUGUACCGACCACAGACCACAGCGGACUUCCGCGGUGGGUGAGUUCCCUGCCGGACGCGCGCAGCCCGACCGAUUCCCGUCUGCACGAAGAAGGAGGUUCGCCAACUUCAGUGUGUGGAGCAAAGUGUGCUUUGAACAGGCACGCAGGCAAGAAGCGUGGACCCCGUACAACGCAGGUGGUGGAAAUGGCUGAGCGGCCUCAUGUGGAUAUUGUUUUGGAAGAGGACCCGCUACCGGCGCUGCUGAAUGACAACGUCGUGUUGGAAGAGGCGAAGAAGGUUGCGUACUCGAAAACGCUUGCGCGGAUUCUCCGUCACGCGGCCGAUGCUAUGCGCAUCCCAGUCUCCAGCGGGGGGUACGUGCGCGUGGAGGACAUACUCCGCUGCAAGCCUUUCUGCGACGACCCUGCAGCGUUGUCACGCAUCGCGCUGGUGGUGCACAUGAAUGAUAAACAACGAUUUAAGUUGGCGUAUGAUGUGAAUCACCAGCUGUAUAUUCGCGCCAAUCAAGGGCAUAGUCUUGGUGGGAUUGACCCGGAGCUACAUCGCAUUACACGUGCUGCGGAGGUCCCGAUGGCUAUUCACGGUACAUACUACUCCGCAUGGAAAGCGAUUUCCGCGUGCGGGUAUUUGUCGACAAUGACACGGCAGCAUAUUCACUUUGCAAGAGGUUUACCAAGUGGCCCCGGCGUGAUCAGCGGGAUGCGUUACAGCGUGGAGGUGCUUCUGUACCUGGAUGUGGCGAAAUUAAUUGCGGACGGCGUUGAGCUAUGGGAAAGUGUGAACGGUGUGCUCCUAACACCAGGUGUGGGAGCCACUAAGAGGCUGCCGCUUGCGUACAUUGCGAAGGUGGUGGAUCGUAAGACUGGUCAGCUGCUCACACAUUGA